UUUGCUUUAGGAUUGUCUUAUUGGACUGAUGGUCAGACUGACAGCACCAAAAUCCAUCCAUACCUUUUCUCCUCUUACUCUACCUCCUCUCUCCCCCUUCCUCUUAUUUUGUCUCUCCUUCUCUCAGCAGACUGUUAAAGUUGAGGCAAGUACUGAGCAAAAGACCACUGUCAGCCCCCCCUUUUCCUCGACUCCUCCACUGUCUCCGCCUCCGAGAGCCAAGAAAGAGGAGGAUCCUGAGAAACUGGCCUUCAUGAUGUCCUUGGGACUUGUAACACAUGACCACUUGGAAGAAAUUCAGAGUAAAAGGCAGGAGCGGAAGCGAAGAACGACAGCCAACCCAGUGUAUAGCGGUGCUGUGUUCGAACCUGAGAGGAAAAAGAGUGCAGUGAGUUACCUGAACAGCCCCCUGCACCAGGGGACCAGGAAAAGAGGUCGUCCACCCAAAUACAGCAGCGUCCUGGAGCUGGGCAGCCUCACCCCGACCUCCCCCUCCAGCCCCGUCCAUCCCCUCCCCCUGCCCAGCCCCAGCUCUGGGGAUGGAGACAUCCAUGAGGAUUUCUGCACUGUGUGCAGACGCAGUGGCCAGUUGCUCAUGUGCGACACGUGUUCUCGUGUUUAUCACCUGGACUGCCUGGAUCCACCCCUGAAAACCAUUCCUAAAGGCAUGUGGAUCUGUCCAAAAUGUCAAGAUCAGAUCCUGAAAAAAGAAGAAGCCAUUCCAUGGCCUGGUACCCUGGCUAUUGUUCAUUCCUAUAUAGCUUACAAAGAAGCUAAAGAAGAGGAGAAACAGAAGCUAGUGAAAUGGAGUUCUGAACUGAAAUUAGAACGAGAACAGCUGGAACAGAGAGUUAAACACCUUAGCAACUCUAUAACGAAAUGUAUGGAGACAAAGAACACCAUUCUGGCUCGUCAGAAGGAAAUGCAGCUUUCUCUGGACAAAGUCAAACAUCUAAUUCGCCUCAUCCAAGCCUUCAGUUUUAACCGAGCUCUGGCAGAGACAGAGGGUACAGGUGGCAGUACCAGAAUCAGGAACAGCACUGAAGGCGGGAGCAAAACUGAAACGGCAUCAGAAGUUAACUCUGUAGAGAAAAUGGAGAUUGAGCGCUCUACAUCCAGCAGCAACACUGAUGUUACAGAGAAACAGCAGGAGCCUGGAGCUGCAGGAAAUGACCAGACAUCAGUAGUACCAAGAGGAGUAACAGAUUGCCAGGGUGUUCUAGAUGAGGGCACCAUCCUAACAGCAAGUCAGAACCCUGCAAGGGCUGCGCCUGGUUUCAUUGUAGGGGGCAAGAUUACUCCUGGUGUAGGAACAGGUGGCAACACAGGGACUGGUCCCCAGGCUGAGAUGGUGGUCAGUACCGAUACUGAGGCAUUUCUGGCAGUUGACAAUGCCAGUUCCUCAGUGGUUACAACUGUUGUCACCACCAACGGCACCACCGGGCUGGUCUGCCCUAACUACAGCCCCAUGGAAGCCUGCGCUAUCAAUGCUACGACCAACUCUGAGAACAAGAUAGCUGCUUUCACCACUCCAGACACUGGUGGGGAAGAAACAAAGAAGAUCACUGAGAGUGAUGGCAGCAACACCAACAACAGCAAAACCUCAGAAUCCUCCCAGCAUUCUUUGCCAGCUCUUCUCAGCAGUUUGGACAAUAAAAAGUAAUGCUAUAUCUCUUGAGUUACCGGAAUUCAAACACAUAUAUAUUAAAAAGACUUGUGCUUGCACCUUAAGGUGCUCAAAAGUUGCCAAUCUGUAUAAAUGUUGUUUGUUUGCAUUGUAUUGUCAGACUGUGUCAAUGGUAGAUAUACAGCCCAAGUCAAAUGGCUCUGGGAAGAUGUAGGCUAUUCCACCCACAGAUCUUGGGAAAGGAAGCCUUAUGUACCAGUGUCAUUUUGCCAAUUAGUGGUAGACGUCAGUUGUGAGAAUGCUCAAAGGGAAAAUCAUUUCAUCAUCACACCAGUGUGUGCCUGUUAUAGCGGCCCCUGUGUUCUCUGGCAGUGUAGGAAGAUAGGUUCAGGUCAGGACGAUAACUGAGAACAUGGAACCAAACAUCUCUCUGGGGUAACUGGUUAAAAAAGCCAAAAAAAAAAACCCAACAACAACAACAAAAAAAAACUGUU